AUGUCUGAAUACAAGCUCUCGGCUUCUUUAGAGGGCCACGGUGAUGAUGUUCGCGCUGUGGCCUUCCUAAACUCCAAAGUAGUAUCUACAGCUUCACGAGAUGCUACGGUCCGCAUUUGGAAACAAAUAUCUUCUCCGCCGCCGACAUAUGAUUGCACCAUCGCCUCUCAUGGAUCAGGCUUCAUCAACUCUUUGGCGUACUAUCCUCCUACAUCCGAGUAUCCAGAAGGCCUCAUAUUCUCUGGCAGUCAGGACACAAUAAUUGAUGCCCGCCAACCAUCGAAAGCUUCCGAUGAUAACGCCGACGCUAUGCUCCUUGGCCACGGUCAUAAUGUGUGUUCUAUCGACGUCUGUUCUGAAGGUGAAUGGAUUGUGAGUGGGAGCUGGGAUGCUACGGCAAGGUUAUGGAGAGUGGGUAACUGGGCAACCGAGGUUGUCUUUGACGGCCAUCAAGGGAGCGUAUGGGCGGUUCUUGCAUAUGACAAGUAUACUGUCAUUACAGGUUGUGCUGAUCGCAUCAUACGUAUUUUCAACACCUCUGGAAAGCUACUCAAAUCAAUAAAAGAUUCACAGGAUGUCGUUCGAGCCCUAACCAAGCUUCCCUCAGGUCAUCCCUCAGGUGCUCAGUUUGCUUCUGCAAGCAACGAUGGUGUCAUCAGGCUUUUCACUCUGGAUGGAGAAUUGGUGAGCGAAUUGCAUGGACACGAAAGUUUUAUUUACUCAUUGGCAGUCCUGCCAUCGGGUGAGCUGGUGAGCUCUGGUGAGGAUCGCACAGUCAAGGUCUGGAAUGGCAAUCAGUGCAUACAAACAAUCACGCAUCCUGCAAUUUCUGUAUGGGAUGUUGCAGUAUGCCGAGAGAAUGGAGACAUCAUCACCGGCGCAAGUGAUCGGAUCGCCAGGAUAUUUUCUAGAGAUCAAAGUCGGCAGGCGGAGCCAGCUGUCAUUCAGCAGUUUGAGAGCGCUGUGAAGGAGUCAGCUAUACCACAACAACAGGUCGGGAACAUCAACAAAGAGAAGCUACCUGGGCCAGACUUCUUGAAACAGAAAUCGGGAACCAAAGAUGGCCAGGUACAGAUGAUCAAGGAGGAUAACGGCAGUGUUACAGCACAUACAUGGUCAUCAGCAACACAAGAAUGGAUCGCCGUAGGAACUGUUGUUGAAUCUGCCGGAAGCUCCGGAAGAAAGACACAGUACUUGGGUCAAGAUUACGAUUACGUCUUUGACGUGGACAUUGAGGAUGGGAAACCACCGUUAAAGCUACCAUUUAACCUCUCCCAGAAUCCUUAUGAGGUUGCAACCAAGUUCAUACAGGACAACGAGCUUCCCAUAUCGUACCUUGAACAAGUUGCGAACUUCAUCACGCAGAAUACACAAGGCGCAACACUAGGUCAAACGACAGAGUCGCAGCAAGCAGCUGGUGCAGAUCCUUGGGGUCAGGAAAGACGCUACCGCCCCGGAGAUGCCGCCGCAACACCACAGGCGCCUCCACCAUCAUCAAUAUCUGAGACGCGCCCGAGUGUACUUCCACAGAAAUCUUACCUCUCUAUCAAGUCGGCCAACAUCAAGGUCAUCUCGAAAAAGUUACAAGAAUUAAACGAGCAGCUCGUGUCUUCCGGAAACAAAGACGUUUCUUUCAAUCCACCUGAGUUGGAAGCUGUUCUCGUUCUAUGCAACGAAUUGGAGAGUAAAGGGAUUUUGCCGAAGGAAGCUGCUACUACUGAGCCUGGGAUACAGUCAGUUAUUAAAGCAGUUACAAAAUGGCCAGCUGCGAGUCGACUUCCCGCUCUCGAUCUGCUCCGACUUCUUGCGGCUGCAACUCCUGUGACUGCACAGACACUCUACGAGGGGCGAGAUGUGAUUACUGCGAUUCAACAUAGCGGGGUAUUCGAGAAUCCUGUGAAUGGCAACAACGCAAUGCUCGCGAUCCGGCUAUUCGGCAACCUCUUUGAAACUUCUCUAGGCCGAGAACUGGCUAUACGCAAAUUCGACGACUUACUCCGCAUGGUAUCAUCCGUCACGACAAGCUCGAGUAGUGCACCAAAUCGUAACAUCACGAUCGCUGCUACGACCUUGUAUAUCAAUUAUGCUGUGUACUUCACGACGGAGGGACGCGCCGAAAGUGCAGAUUCUGCGGAACAUGCCCUCCAGUUGCUUGACGAACUGUCCAAAAUAUUCGCAAAGGAAAAGGACUCUGAAGCGGUCUAUCGUGGACUUGUUGCUGUGGGAACCCUCAUCAGUGAACUUGGGGAGGAGGUCAAGAGUGCAGCGAAGGAUAUAUAUAGUCUCAACAGUGUGCUAGGCAAAUUGUUGAGCUCGGGCAGCGGACGAGAACCCCGAGUCAAAGGCGUCGUGGAAGAGAUUCGAAAGACGCUUUCAUGA